AUGUCGGACUCUGAGGACAUGACGGAGUUCGCCAGCAUCGUUGAGCGGAUCGAGCGGGGCGAGGUCCCGAUCAAAAACAUUGAGAGGGAGCUGAUCUGUCCGAUCUGCAAGGAGCUGUUCACCCAUCCUCUGAUCCUGCCAUGCCAGCACAGUGUCUGCCACAAGUGUGUCAGAGAGCUGCUGAUGCUGAACCAUGAGGACUCUUUUGAUGCCGGCUCCGAGUGCUCCCUGCCGGGCAGCCCCAGGUCCAGGGUGCCCUCCCCCUCCAUGGAGCGGCUAGACAGGCUUGUGCGAUCAGGCUCCAUCUCAUCCCCGGGGUGGCGCAGAGGAUCUGUGACCCCUCGUGUCACUACGAUCGCAUGCCCGGGCUGCCAGCAUGACAUUGACCUUGGUGAGCGCGGCAUCAGUAUGCUCUUCCGCAACUUUACCCUGGAGAGCAUCGUGGAGCGCUACCGCCAGGCAGCCCGCGCAGCCAUCGCCAUCAUGUGUAACAUCUGUAAGCCUCCGCAGCAGCAGGAGGCUACCAAGAGCUGUAUGGACUGCAAGGCUAGCUACUGUAACGAAUGCUUCAAACUCCACCACCCCUGGGGCACACCUAAAGCCCAGCAUGAGUACGUCGGCCCCACCACAAACUUUAGGCCCAAGGUGCUCAUGUGUCCAGAGCAUGAGAUGGAGAAGGUGAACAUGUACUGUGAAGUCUGCAAACGGCCCGUGUGUCACCUCUGCAAGCUGGGAGGAUCCCACGCCAACCACAAAGUCACCUCCAUGAGCAGUGCCUACAAGAUCCUCAAGGAGAAGCUGGCCAAAAGUAUCCAUUACCUCAUCAGCAAAGAAGACCAAGUCAGGACUCAGAUUACUGAACUUGAUCUGCUCAUCAGUCAGACGGAGGAAAACGGCCAGCUAGCAGAACGUCAAGCCAAUGAGCACUUUGAGCGUCUGUUCGAGACUCUGCAGGAGAGGAAAACAGAGAUGCUGAGAUCAAUUGAACAGUCCCGUAACCGACGCCUGGACCAACUCAAGACCCAGGUGGAGGAGUACCAGGGCAUGCUGGAGAACAGUGGUCUGGUGGGCUACGCUCAGGAGGUGCUUAAAGAGACGGAUCAGUCCUGCUUUGUACAGACCGCGAAGCAGCUGCAUGUCAGAAUCCAGAAGGCCACAGAGUCUCUGAGGACUUUCCACCCUUCAGCUGACCCCUGCUUUGAUGAGUUUGUGCUGAACACAUCCAGAGAAGAGACUCUGUUGAAAGAGAUGUGCUUUGGUGGAGACCCCCCGCUGAUUGACCUGUCCCAAAGCAAAGUCUACAAUGAGGCUGCAAUCUGCUGGAGGCUGUCUGAUGACCAUCUACCUACAGAUCACCACAUGCUUGAAUACCGCAGGUGGGACGGUGAGGACAGUGGGGUCUGGAGAACCACAGACCGGGUGUAUGGUCCCAGCACUGUAGUGUGUGACCUGGAGCCUGACAGCUUGUACUCUUUCAGGGUCCGAAGCUGCAGAAACUCCAUGUUCAGCCCCUACAGCCCUGAGGUCACCUUCCAUACACCUCCUGCACCGACUUUUGGUUUCCUGUUCAGCGACAAGUGUGGAUUCAGCACAGAGCGCCUGAUUCUAAACAAACGACGGGACACCGUGGAGAGUGUAGCAGGCAUUGCCUUCCUCCUUGCAGCAGAGCGCGUGCAGACGGGCAGCUACAUCGGGCUAGACUACAUAAUUGGGGACACAGGCAUCUCUCAGGGAAGACACUAUUGGGCCUUCAAGGUGGAACCGCAGUCCUAUAUGGUUAAAGUUGGAGUGGCCUCUGACUCGAAGCUGCUCGAAUGGUUUCACAAUCCUAGAGAUACCAGCAGUCCAAGGUACGAUCAUGAUAGUGGGCAUGACAGUGGCAGCGAAGACGCAUGCUACGAGCUCUCCCAGCCCUUCACCCUCCUCACAGUGGGUAUGGGCAAACUCUUCAUCCCCAAGGCUUCGUCAUCCUCCUCUGUUUCCACAGCAGCUGCACCGGCCGGUGACCCUGGAAACCGCAUACUUCCUAUGCCACAACGCAUGGGGGUAUGCCUCGAUUAUGAGGCAUGCCGGGUGUAUUUUUAUGAUGCCGACACCAUGAGGUGCCUUUAUGAGAGGCAGGUGGAUUGUUCGGGAACAAUGUAUCCAGCUUUUGGCCUCAUGGGUGGCGGCAAGAUUCAACUGGAAGAGUUCAUCACUGCCAAGAGACUGACCUUUUGAGGAGGGAUGGAGGUCGUCGAUACAUUGGGACCUGCAUCUCUUUAAUUAUCCAUAUUUCUGAAGGUCAGAUGAGGCAAAUGUGGUCAAAGCUGUUGGUCCUUAAUGUGAUAAUGGGAUCUCUGCCAGAGCCUGGCGUAUUUAGAGCUGGUAUGUAUAAUG